AACCACUCUUCUCUACAUUGCAACACUGGUCUCUGUUUUUGCUGCAGCCACUGCCAGAAUCCCCGGAGUUUACACCGCAGGUUCCUGGCAGGGUGCUCACGCCACUUUCUACGGUGGAAAUGAUGCAUCUGGAACAAUGGGCGGUGCAUGUGGGUACGGGAACCUAUACAGCCAAGGGUACGGCGUGAACACGGCGGCGCUGAGCACAGCUCUGUUCAACAACGGGCUGAGCUGCGGGGCAUGCUUCGAGAUCAAGUGCGACCAGGACCCGCGGUGGUGCAACCCCGGCAGCCCCUCUAUCGUGGUAACCGCCACCAACUUCUGCCCACCGAAUUUUGCCCAAGCCAGCGAUAACGGCGGUUGGUGUAACCCCCCAAGGGAACACUUCGACCUCGCUAUGCCAAUGUUCCUCAAGAUCGCUCAGUACCGCGCUGGAAUUGUACCAGUCAGCUACCGCCGGGUGCCAUGCAGGAAGAUAGGUGGAAUCAGAUUCACAAUCAACGGUUUCCGUUACUUCAACUUGGUUUUGAUCACCAACGUCGCGGGUGCAGGGGAUAUCGUGCGCGUGAGCAUAAAGGGAUCCAAAACUGAAUGGAACCCCAUGAGCCGUAACUGGGGGCAAAAUUGGCAAUCCAAUGCUGAUUUAGUGGGCCAGGCCCUCUCCUUUAGGGUUAAAGGCAGUGACAGACGCGCCUCUACCUCAUGGAACGUGGCACCAUCUAAUUGGCAGUUUGGCCAAACCUUCAUGGGCAAGAAUUUCCGCAUCUAAAAAAAAGGUUAAUUUUUAAAAAGAUAUUAAUUAUUAUUUGUAGUUUUGACUUGUUUGGGUUUUUAGUUUGGCGCCUUCAACUUUUCCUCUAUUUUACCGGGAAAAGUUUUUGAAGCUGUGUUUGGGUAAAGUGUAAGUGGGUAGGGACCAAAAUGUUAAGAGAAGGGUAGAUAGGAUAAAAAAAAAGUGAAAGUGACUUUAUAUAAAUGUGAGUGACUGAGUGGUAUGUAUGUUGGUGGAAUUUAGCUUUUGUGUCUUUUCUUUUUUCUUAUUAUUAUCGAGGGUGAAGUUGUGAAUGUGUUUGUUACUAAAAAGUGUGAUGGGGGUAGGGGUAUUGUUGGAAUAUUUGUUACCCAGCA